UAACCUCAAAAGAGUAUGUCAAAAGUGUAAAUAUUGGGUUGUUUUGUUAAAUUACUAGUAAACAUUUUCGUUCGAGGUUUUAUAUACUGCCAGGUCAAAAUAAAAAAAAUGUCGUGCUGUAACACUUGUCAAUCGAAAUUCUCGUUUUUUUCAAAAGAACAUGGCUGUCCAGCGUGUGGAUUUUCCUACUGCUCCAAGUGCCUUAAGUACGAGCCUGAGGAUAAAAAAAGCAAGCAAAAAAUUUGUGGCCCUUGCUUUCACAAGUCGAAAAUCAAGAAAUCAACUCCUAUUUCUAUAGAAGAUCUGCCCACUCCGAACGGACUGGACGAACCCCUGGUUCCCUUCAACCUUGCGACAAAAGCUAGAGUUGAAAGUGCUCUGAAGCACCCAAUUACGGUUUAUUAUAACAGAUUGGAUAAAUUGAGAUCUGGACUGGAUCCAGCUGAUCAAGAGAUCGUCAACAGAUUGAAAAAAUUGAAAGACGAGGACAGGCAGGUACCAUCUGUAACUGAAGAUGAAAUCAGGCGUAGAUUGGCAUUGUUGAGAGAUCAAGAUCCUAAUGUUGUCAACAAACCAGUUAAUUUGAAUGAAAUCGACAGCAGAACAGAUAAACAAAAAGUUGACGACUUGAUUAGUCAGUAUCUUCAGGAACUCGAAAUUUCAAAAAAUGUCUCUGACGAGUCUCAGAACGUUGAUAGUGAAAUUGAAGCGCGUUUAAAAAGUUUAAAGGAAUUCACCGUGAAGCUGCCAUUGCCUCCCAUAGAUUUUAGUCAAUUCGGCACAAGUAGCAGUGGUGAAGACCGACCAAUGGAUUGUUCUGAAGACACUCAUGAUGACUAUUCAGGUGACAACCAGUGUUGCAUGUGUGAUAAUAAGAAAAAUCUCGUCAAAUGCAAGGGUUGCACGGAUGAUUUGUACUGUAUCGGUUGCUUCAAUGACAAUCACGAUGAAUUUGAGUUGAAGAAACACAAGACAGUCCCAUUCAGACCAUAAACAGCAAUUUGAUCCACACUCUAAGCAUAUUUUGCCGAUUUCACAUGCACAUGCGAAAAAAUCAUGUUUUUAAAAGUAUUUAUAUAUUUAAAUCAUGUUGA